AUGGUACCCCGCCAUAAAAGUGUUCCUGACCUCGAGCUUUCAAGGGUCUACCGUUUGGUUGAACUCAGCGUUAACGCCAUUCCAACUGUGGCUCGUAUUCCCGUCGUUUGGAUCUCCGUGCUUCUAUGCCUCGUGGCUUUCCUUGCACAACAGUUCAACCUUUUUAACAUCGACCGUACCACCCCACCUCCGGCCGGCAUGUCGAGAUCCGUUGUCUACUUCGUUAACUGGGCGAUCUAUGGCCGUAACCAUAACCCUCAAGACCUUCCGGCUGAUAAAUUGACACAUGUGCUCUAUGCAUUCGCCAACGUACGCCCGGAGAGCGGUGAAGUAUACCUCACUGACAGUUGGUCUGACGUCGAGAAGCAUUAUGAGGGUGACUCGUGGAAUGACACUGGCAGCAAUGUCUACGGAUGUGUGAAGCAAUUGUUCCUCCUCAAGAAACAGAAUCGAAACUUGAAGGUCUUGCUUUCCAUUGGCGGUUGGACAUAUUCCCCUAAUUUCGCCCAACCUGCCAGUUCGGCCGCAGGGCGGGCCAAAUUCGCCGAGACAGCAACGCAAUUAGUCCUGGAUUUGGGAUUCGAUGGCAUUGAUAUCGAUUGGGAGUAUCCUCAAGAUGACAACCAGGCGCAGAACCUGGUGGAACUGCUACAAGCCUGCCGCGAAAGCCUCGACCGUGCGGCCGGUGCGGGCCGGAAGUUCUAUCUGACAAUCGCUUGUCCUGCAGGCCCAAGCAACUUCGUCAAACUCCGCAUCCCGCAGAUGACGCCUCUGCUGGAUUUUUACAACCUAAUGGCCUACGAUUAUGCCGGCAGCUGGGACCAGCACGCAGGUCACCAGGCCAACAUCUACCCAUCCAACGACAAUCCCUCCUCUACUCCCUUCUCCACCCACGCUGCGCUUAACCACUACAUCAAUGUCUGUGGCGUCCCGCCCUCCAAGAUCGUCAUAGGUAUGCCCCUAUACGGCCGUGCAUUCGAGAACACGGACGGCAUGGGCGCCCCGUUCUCCGGCGUUGGCGCUGGAAGUUGGGAAAACGGCGUCUGGGACUACAAGGCUCUCCCCAGGCCCGGAGCGAGUGAGAACUUCGAUCCAGCAACUGGCAGCUCGUGGAGCUACGAUGCAGGCUCGCGCACGGUCGUUUCGUAUGAUAACGUCCAGGUGGCCCGUCAGAAGGCCGACUUCAUUCAGCAAGCCCGGCUUGGUGGUGGCAUGUGGUGGGAGAGUAGCGGUGACAAGGGCGGCAGGGAUGCGAACCCUAACGAUGGCAGUCUGAUUGGUGUCUUCGUUGAUGCUGUUGGUGGGGCGGGGGGCCUGGAGCAGCUUCCUAACGCGAUUGAGUUUCCAGAAAGUAAGUAUGAUAACAUUCGUUCUGGAAUGUCUUAG